AGGAAUCGUAUAAAACCUCCAGCAGACACUGAAGCCACAGUAUAGUUCCUGGCUGGCCCCUUUCGACCAGGCAAGAUGGCUGUUAACCCGAUCCUGUCAGCUUGCUUCCUGGGCUUCAUCCUUGGACUCACGCUUGGCCAAGAGACAACGCCCAGGAAACCCAUCAUUCUGAAUAAUCCUCCUUUUAUGACAGCGUUGCCGCCAGGAAAUCCUCCUGUGUUCACCCUUCCAGGAGCCGAGGAAGUUGUUACCAUCCUGAAGAAAGAAGACCUCGGUGGAUUUGAGAAUGUCAACCCCUCUCAUGUCAACGGCGAAGAGCUGUUUGAAGCUGACAUCUUGCUGUCUCCUGAGCAGAAAAGGCAAUUAUUGGAGAGGAAGGCCAUAUCAUACACUUCCAUGAGAUGGCCAAAUGGGCCAAACGGAACUCCAGUUGUCCCUUACCAGUUUGGAGACUCGGUUGUGAAUACAACGCAAAUAGAGGCAGGGCUGGCUCACUGGGAGGAGCAUACCUGUAUCGACUUCCAGUUAAUUACAGGUACUCCUCCAGCCCAGUACUUGAACUUUUUCAAAGGCUCUGGGUGCUGGUCAUACGUCGGAAUGAUAUCAACACCACAAAAUGUAUCCAUUGGAGAUGGAUGCACUAGCUUGGGAACCGUUGUUCACGAGGUGGGCCAUGGCAUUGGAUUCUUCCAUGAGCAGUCACGCUCUGACAGGGACGACUAUGUGACCAUCAUUUUGGCAAAUGUGCAAGCGGGCAAAGAGGGAAACUUCAAUAAAGAAGUCGACAACAACUACUCAGUGCCAUAUGAUUUCUCUUCGGAUAUGCAUUAUGGUUCGGAGUACUUCACUGUGAACGGCAAAAGUACCAUGGUAACCAAGAAUCCGUUGGCGCAAGAACUCAUCGGCAGCAGCAAAGGGCUGAGCCAUUACGAUAAGCUACUGGCUAACACGAUGUAUCCAUGCAUUACAAAGUGGAAGCAAAACUGCAACAUCACCGGGAACCCUUGCCAGAAUGACGGCUACGUAGGAAAAAACUGUUCCUGUGUUUGUCGCAGUGGAACAAGUGGCGCUAACUGCCAGACUGUUAACAAAGGCUACUAUGACAGUCUUCUCUCAGGUUGUUCAGCAAAUAUCACAGCACCUGGGACAGUAACAUCUCCCAACUACCCCAGUAAUUAUCCAUCAGGCCUAAAAUGUGUGAAAUGGAUCCAGGCCCCUCCGUGCACCACAGUGCAGAUGAAGUUCAAUUCUUUUAGACUUUAUGGAAGAAAUCCUUAUUGUGGUGGCAACAGCUGCUGUUAUUUCGACGCCCUGGAGAUCAGGACCACCAAUCUUACUGUUGGUGAUGUUUACUGUGAUCAAGAUAUCGCUAACGGAACAGUAUUCACUUCUCCAAGCAACCAGAUGAUCCUUUACUUCAAGACAGCAUCAAACUACUAUUCUGGAUGGUCUGCUAAUGUGACCUUCGAACCCGAUCCUUCAUGUCCGUCGACAACGACUUCAACGAGCACAACCACAACCACGAGUCCGACCACAACCACGAGUACGACUACAACCACCCCCACAACCACGAGUACGACCACAACCACAACCACGAGUACAACCACAACUAAACCCACAACCACAACCACGAGUACGACCACAACCAAGCCCACAACCACAACCGCGAGUACGACCACAACCAAGCCCACAACCACAACCGCAAGUACGACCACACCAAGCCCACAACCACAACCGCAAGUACGACCACAACCAAGCCCACAACCACAACCGCAAGUACGACCACCACCAAGCCCACAACCACAACCGCAAGUACGACCACAACCAAGCCCACAACCACAACCGCAAGUACGACCACAACCAAGCCCACAACCACAACCGCAAGUACGACCACAACCAAGCCCACAACCACAACUAUGAGUACGACCACACCCACAACCACACCAGUCAAUGCUCCUGCUAGUGAUAUGUGCAAUGAAGUACUGCUGAGUUCUACCUCAGCACAAUGGACUUCUCCCGGCUUUGGCCUGGGUUAUUACCCUAACAAUGAAUGCUGCUCA